CCUUUUCUCGACAUAGCUUUAACCAAAUCAAACGUACUAUAGCUAAAGCACAUUUUUGGAGGGAUACAUCCUUGACGGAUAGAUGCAUUCCAAAAUGAAUGUUUUGUUCGACCGUAUAUCGAAACAAUGGACCAAAUAAGACAAAGAAGCAUGUAAAUAUAUUUUAAUUGUAUAUACACUGACAUUGUCAAACAUGAAGCUCACGGACAGCGCGUUAAGGAGCUUCAGGGUGGCGAGGACUUAUCGAGAAAACUCGGAUAGAGUCAAUUGUUUAGACUACAGUCCUAAUGGCGAAAAUGCUAUCUCAAGCAGCGACGACGACCGUAUUGUGUUGUAUGACAUCGUCCGAGGAAAGCCCGUUCAGACCCUGUACAGCAAGAAGUACGGUGCAGACCUGAUCCGAUACACACAUGGAGAUUCUCAGAACGUCAUCUACACUUCCAAUAAACUGGAUGAUACGAUCCGCUAUCUGUCGCUGACUGACAACAAGUACAUCAGAUAUUUCCGAGGUCACACAGCAAGAGUUAUUGCUCUGUCCAUGUCACCAGUGGAAGACAUGUUCAUAUCAGGAUCCCUGGAUGAGACCAUACGCAUCUGGGAUCUGCGCUCUGAAAACUCUCAGGGUCUAACAACCCCCAUGGGCCGACCCAUUUGUUCCUUCGAUCCAGACGGGCUCAUUUUCGCCGUGGGGGUGGAGUCACAGACCAUCAAGCUGUAUGACGUCCGCGCCUUCGACAAGGGUCCGUUUAAGUCCUUCGAGAUGAGGCUGCAUCGGAGCUGCGUGUGGAGCGGACUCAAGUUCAGCAACGACGGCAAGCAGAUUCUCAUCUCCACCAACGGGGGGGUGAUUUGCAUCCUCAAUGCUUUCAGUGGAGAUGUGAUGCACACGUUCUCCGGCUACAACAACAGCAGAGGCUUAACCCUGGAGGCGUGCUUCACCCCGGACUCCCAGUUUGUCAUGAUAGGCUCGGAGGAUGGGAGAGUCCAUGUUUGGAACACUGACAGCGGGAUGAAGGUGGCUGUGCUGGACGGGAAACAUCCAGGGCCCAUUAGCACCAUCCAGUUUAACCCCAGAUAUAUGACCUUUGCCACCGCCUGCACCAACAUGACAUUUUGGCUCCCAAUCCUGGACGACACGUAAAAGACACGACGAUGUAACUACAGUAUGUACACUGACUUUUUACAGUUUUACAGUACUCUCAUGUAAGUCUUACAUUUUUAUGGUUUCUGCCCUUUUACCCAAAAGUCAUUUUUAAAACGCAAUUUUUAAAAUAUUUUAACAUCAGCGUUUUAUUAUAUUGUCACCUACCUUUGAUGAAAAAUAAAGGUUUUGUUGUUUGUUUUUUUACUUUGGAAUAUUCCCGCACCAUUCUACCUCGUCUUCCUCGUCUCGAGUUUGUUAUCAAAUAUUCUAAUCAAUUCUAAUUAAUUAUUCAAAUAUUAUGUUAUUCAAAUACUGUACAACAUACGAUCAAAUA